AUUUCCUUCACAUGGAGUGAAUUCGAAUUUACAGAAUGACCGCUGAUGGGGUUCAGCGAUCUCAACGCGAGGCCAUGGCGUUGACAAUCAACGAAAUUGUUGCACAUCUUGUCGAGGCUCAUAGAGAAAACAAAACCGUCAAUCUGAACAGAUUGAAAUGUGUGAUUGCUCAAAAAUAUGGACUCAGCUCACAGCCAAAGCUUGUCGAUAUAAUCGCUGGAGUUCCACCUGAAUUUAAGGAGAUUCUUCUCCCAAAACUGAAAGCAAAACCGGUACGAACAGCGUCCGGUAUUGCUGUGGUGGCAGUGAUGUCGAAACCACAUCGAUGUCCUCACAUCAACUUCACAGGGAAUGUUUGCGUGUAUUGUCCAGGUGGUCCAGAUUCAGAUUUCGAGUAUUCUACCCAAAGUUACACCGGAUACGAGCCAACAAGUAUGAGAGCGAUUAGGGCAAGGUAUGAUCCUUUUUUGCAAACUCGUGGACGUGUGUCACAAUUGUUGCAGUUGGGUCAUUCCAUCGACAAGGUUGAAUUCAUCGUCAUGGGUGGUACGUUUAUGUCCCUUCCUGACGACUAUCGUGAUUACUUCAUACGUAAUCUCCACGAUGCACUCAGUGGCCAUACAUCGAACAGUGUGAAGGAGGCAGUAGCUUACUCUGAGAGAAGCAAGAUAAAAUGCAUUGGAAUUACGAUUGAAACACGGCCAGACUACUGUCUACCUCGUCACCUCAAUGAUAUGCUGUUGUAUGGCUGCACUCGACUUGAAAUUGGAGUUCAAUCGACAUACGAAGAUGUGGCGCGAGACACGAAUCGAGGACAUACUGUCAAAGCAGUUUGCGAGACAUUUCACAUGUCGAAAGAUACCGGCUACAAAGUCGUGAUUCACAUGAUGCCAGAUUUACCCAACGUUGGCCUUGAGCGAGAUAUCGAACAGUUUGUGGAGUUGUUUGAGAAUCCCGCCUUUCGACCUGACGGUCUCAAACUUUAUCCCACGCUUGUGAUUAGAGGUACAGGACUCUAUGAGUUAUGGAGGACCGGAAGAUACAAGAGUUAUCCUCCAUCAGUGUUAGUAGAUCUUGUAGCUCGAAUUCUUUCCAUCAUUCCACCCUGGACCCGUGUAUACCGGGUGCAACGGGAUAUUCCGAUGCCACUAGUGUCAAGUGGAGUGGAACAUGGCAAUCUCAGAGAGCAUGCACUAUCGCGUAUGAAAGAGCUUGGCUUGGCUUGUAGAGAUGUGAGGACGAGAGAAGUUGGAAUUCAGGAAAUCCACAACAAAAUCAGACCGUAUAAUGUCGAAUUGAUACGACGAGACUAUAUCGCAAAUGGUGGAUGGGAAACAUUUUUGUCAUACGAGGACCCCGACCAGGACAUCCUCAUAGGACUGUUGCGGUUGAGGAAGAUCUCAAACAAGGCUCAUCGUCCGGAGCUAAAGGGACGGACGUCAGUGGUGCGCGAACUGCAUGUUUACGGUUCUGUGGUGUCAGUCUCAGACAGAGAUCCAUCGAAAUUCCAGCAUCAGGGCUUUGGCCAGUUACUCAUGGAAGAGGCAGCAAGAAUAGCUUUUUACGAGCACAAGUCAGAGAAGAUUGUUGUGAUAUCCGGCGUUGGAACGAGGGAUUACUACAGGAAACUCGGAUACGAAUUGGAUGGACCAUAUAUGAGCAAACCACUCACUGCGGAUGAUUUUGAGUCCGAUUGAUCGAAAAUUACAGUUGAUUUCCUAUUGUUGCACAUCUGCAGUGAACUUGCGAUAGCGGAUAAUACACGAGGGAGGUCGGUUAAAUUGUGAAGUUCUAUAUAUUAGACGAAGGUUUGCGAGAAAUACAGGUGAGACUGUCAAAUUGGCAUUCUUGCUUCUGCGUUGGUAUUGAACGU